CCAAUGGAUCUUGGCACGGUUGAUGUGAAACUCAAUAACGUUGAAUAUGAAAACGUUGAUGCAUUUGUGGCCGAUAUCCGGCUAAUUUUUUCAAAUUGCAUUCUAUAUAACGGCCCAGUACAUCAAUAUGCGAUUUAUGCUAAAGAGCUAGAUAAUUUUUUUAUGAAUCUCCUCAAUAAUCUACCUAGUUCAAAGGAAGAGGUUCUACCGAAGCCUGUUUCUUCCGAAGCUAAACGCCCCAAACGAACGAUCAAAGCACCUGCCAAAGAACUCCCAGAUACUCCAGCAAUACGUCGUAAAAAAAGUAAAAAGAACAUUGAACUUAAUUUUUGUCGACAAGUUAUUCGCGAAUUGCGAAAGAGGACACAUUGGCAUUAUGCCUAUCCAUUUUAUGAACCUGUCGACGCGGAAAAAUUGGGUGUCCCUGAUUAUUAUAAGAUUAUUUCAAAUCCUAUGGAUCUAACUACAAUCAAUUCAAAGUUGGAAAAUGAUCAGUAUACAAGUGCGGAAGAAUUCGAGGCUGACAUUCGCUUGAUGUUCCAGAAUUGUUAUACCUACAAUGGCGUUGGUAGCGAGGUACAUAACAUGGGCAAGAUGUUGGAAGAGGUAUUUAAUAAAAAAUGGGCUGAGAAACCUACUUCUCAGGCUCGUUCAAUGACAAAGACCGAUGAUAUGAAGGAUUCAGAGAGUGAAUCAGAAGCGGACGAAAGUGAUCAUUUGAAAGCAUUACAGAAGCAUUUGGCCGCGUUGUCGAGUCAAAUUUCGCAAAUGAGGAAACCAUCUAAGACAAAGACGAAGAAAGCCGCCAAAGUUUCAAAGAUCGGUUCAAGCAAGAUCGUUGAGACUAAGAUGUCAAAUGAUGGUGAGAAGAAGUCGCUGAAACGCCCCAGGCCCGCUACCAAGUAUGAUGACGAUGUACCUUUGACGGCAGAUCAAAAAUCAGACCUCA